ACCGUUUGUAGGAUACAUUAGGCUUUGAGACAGAUGCAAAUGACCAACGUUAGCUAAUUUCACUAUAUUGGUGGCACACAACGUAGCGCCUGAGACGUAGCCUUAAACUCUGGGAUAUAAGUUAACGUUUGUCGCGACAUUGUCCAGUCUGUACGUUUAUAAGUCAAGUAACACUAACAAACAUAACAACGGUAACUGCAGCAGUGUGUUUGCUCUGUCUGAAGAGUGGUGUGAAGAUGUCUUCAUUAGUGGCCUAUGAGGAUUCAGAAUCAGAGGAUGAAUCGGAGGAGGGAGCCUCAGCUUCUGUCCAAACGGAGUCUUCUGAACAAAGUCAAAAAGUUGAGGUGUGCAAUAACUCAAAGCUAACACCCAGCCCUCAAAGUUUUACCCCUGUCCAUGACCAGACUGUGUUGGACUAUCAUGGAAAUACCUCUGAAAGAAGCAGUUCCUCAUUACACCCUCAUUCACAGCCACAGAGCUGUUCUGACAGGGAGAUAAAAUAUUGUAGCAGCAAGACAACACAAGACAAGCAUUUUAGAGACACUGCAGCUCCCCUGAGUUUACCUGCGAGUCAGGGGAAGAACUCAUCACUGCAGACUCUUUCUCACACACCGCAAGGCUUCUGUGAUGGGGUGAACCCGGCAAAGAGACACUUCACUGUUCCUUCUGGUAUCAGACCGUACAUUCCCAAGAGACAGAGACUUGCCCCUUCAGUAGAGACAGUGGACCCAAAGUAUCCAGCCGAGCAAGUCCCAGGGAACCGGACCGGGGAAAACCAAAUCCUCUCAGAUGUGUCGGCGAGAGUGAAGCCGUAUCUUGCCCACAAGCCCGGCACAGCAGGGAUACCAAGGAGGCUUCUGAUGAGCCUGGGAGGCCACCACGGCCCAGUCAACACGGUGCAGUGGUGUCCUGUGCCUCAUCUCAGUCAUCUGCUGCUGUCUGCCUCCAUGGAUAAGACUUUCAAGGUGUGGGAUGGAGCAGAGAGCGGGCAAUGCCUCAGGGUUUACACCUGCCAUUCGGGAGCUGUGCGUGAUGCCUGUUGGACCCCCUGCGGGCGACACCUCCUCACUGGCUCAUUUGACAACACGGCUGUGAUCACAGACGUGGAGACAGGGCAGCAGAUAGCGAAACUGGACAACCAGUUCAAGGUGAUGUGUGCGGUCCUGCAUCCCAGCAACUCAGAUGUAUUCCUGUGUGGAGGUUACAGUUCAGUGGUCAAGGCCUGGGACUCUCGCAGCUGCAAGAUGGUGAAAGUGUACAAAGCAGGGAUCCAGCAGACCUUGGAUAUCCUGUUUCUGAGAGGUGGUGUGGACUUUAUAACAAGCUCUGACUGUGUGAGCAGAGACUCUGCAGACCGCACCCUCAUCGCCUGGGACUAUCAGACCACAGCCAAGGUCUCCAACCAGAUCUACCACGAGCGGUACACGUGCCCGAGCCUGGCUCUCCACCCACUGGAGGAGUCCUUUGUGGCCCAGACCAAUGGGAACUACAUGGCAGUGUUCUCCUCCCAGCAGCCCUAUAGAAUGAACAAGAGGCGGCGAUACGAAGGACACAAGGUGGAGGGGUAUGCAGUGCAGUGUGAGUUUUCUCUGGAUGGAACUAUCCUAGCCUCAGGGAGCGCCACCGGCUCUGCUCACUUCUAUGACUAUCACAAUGCUCGGACGCUGCACACUCUUCACGCCCACAGCCAGCCCUGUCUGUGUGUGUCUCAGCAUCCCGUCCUGCCUGCAACCGUGGCCACCUGUGACUGGGCUGGUGAGAUCAAGAUCUGGAAUUGAGGACUGUGAAAGAGCAAGCAAAUAUGGAGUGAAAAAAGUUGCAAGAUGAACUGUAGCAAGUUUGCCAAGAGAAAACGAUAUUAAACUGCAAACUCAUGUGCACAUCCAUCUUAUCCCCCAUAAUCUCUUGGCAUAAGAUGAUAAGAACUUCUGUCUACUGCUUUUAUAACUGCUUUGCUUUCAUAUUAUUCUAAAAGCCACCCACAUUUUCAUUUCCAUUUAUAUGAACUCGUGCAAGAACAAUCAUUAUUGUGUAAAUCUUAAUGUAAGUAUGUUAGUCAUAUUUGGCCCUUCUUGCACUGAAAUCAGGAGAAAGUUGCACUGUGUGAGAUCAAAGGAAGUUUCUUUACAGUUCAAAGAGUGAACCAUUGUUAUGAGUUUUAUCUAAAGUAGUAGGCGGUGAGAAAACACUGUAGUGGCACACUCUACAUGGUAGGUGCUAUAACAGGCACUCAAAAUGCCUGCAGUUUGCGUUUUGUACAGUUGCUCAUACGCAUCAUAAUCAUAAUACUAUGAUGAUUGUCUUAUAUUUUGUACCUUGUUUUAAGCCAGAUGAGUUGGAAGUUACACCCAGUAUCAGUAAAGUCUGUUCUUUAUUCUUUCAGAUUAAAACCAUGGUCUUUUUCUUAA